AUGUCUAUGGGUGCCCUGGAGAAAUCCCCCAGCACCAACAAUUCGAUGCAGCGUUUUAAGGUUUGUCGGCUGAAUGAUGAUGGUAAAUGGGAUGACCAAGGAACUGGGCAUGUUAUUGUUGAUUAUUUAGAGAGAUCGGAAGAGUUAGGUUUAUUUGUUAUUGAUGAAGAAGAUAAUGAAAUAUUACUUUUGCACCGGAUAAGCUCAGAUGACAUCUACCGCAAACAAGAAGAUACAAUCAUUUCUUGGAGGGAUCCUGAGUAUGCGACAGAAUUGGCCUUUAGCUUUCAAGAAACAACUGGUUGCUCUUACAUUUGGGACAACAUAUGUAAUGUGCAAAGGAACAUGCACUUUAAUACCUUGAGCAACGAGACAUACCAUAACGUCAAUAGUGAAUUGCGGGAGUUGCCUCCAGUUGAGCUGUCUACACUACCUUUAAUACUAAAGAUUAUAGUUGGAAGUGGGAUUGCUGAUCAGUUGCGUGUUACAGAUCUCAUACUACAUGAUCUAGAAUUUAUUAGGAAGCUCAUGGAUCUCUUCAGGAUUUGUGAAGAUUUGGAAAACAUUGAUGGCCUUCACAUGGUUUUCAAACUAGUCCGAGGAAUUAUUUUGCUGAAUAGCACGCAGAUCUAUGAUAAUUUUGGUGAUGAAUACAUUAUGGAUAUAAUUGGAUGCCUCGAAUAUGAUCUUGAUGUACCUCAUGUUCAUCAUCGAAAUUUCCUUAAAGAGAAUGUGGUCUUUAAGGAGGCCAUACCUAUUAAGGAUCCCGUGGCUCUUUCAAAAAUUCAUCAGACGUACAGAGUUGGUUAUCUCAAGGAUGUCAUUCAGCCUAUAGUAUUGGACGAGGCUACGGUUGCAAGCCUUAAUUCCAUAAUUCAUUCAAACAAUGCAACUGUUGUCUCAUUGUUAAAGGAUGGCAACACCUUCAUUCAAGAAUUAUUUGCAAGAUUGAAGUCAUGUUCAACUUCUGCAGAAUCAAAAAAAAAUUUGGUACUCUUCUUGCAUGAGAUUUGUUCCCUAAGUAAGAGCUUACAGAUAGUGCAGCAACUUCGGCUAUAUCGGGAUCUGAUUAAAGAAAACAUACUUGAGAUCAUAACUGAUAUCCUGCAGAGUCAAGAUAAAAAGCUCAUAUUAACUGGGACUGACAUCCUCAUUCUUUUCUUAAAUCAGGAUCCAAACCUUUUGCGUUUUUAUGUAACUCGGCAAGAAGGGAUCCCUCUUUUUGGGCUUUUAGUGAAGGGUAUGCUCACAGAUUUUGGAGCUGACAUGCAUUGUCAAUUUCUUCAAAUUCUUCAUAAUCUUUUGGAUUCGUAUACAUCAGGAUCACAGAGAGAGUCUAUCAUCGACAUCUUCUAUGAGAAGCACUUGGAUCAUUUGAUUGAUGUCAUAACAUCCUCAUGCCCACCUAAUAGCGCUGCUCAAGCUGGCAGUAAAUCUGGGAGAUCAGAUGAAGAAACUGGAAAUCAAAUUAGUGCCAAGCCAGAAAUAUUAUUAAACAUUUGUGAUCUGCUCUGCUUUUACGUUUUGCACCACCCGUGUAGAAUAAAAUGCAACUUUCUUCUCAAUAGUGUGAUUGAUAAAGUUUUGCUUCUAACACACCGAAGAGAAAAGUACCUCGUAGUAGCUGCUGCUAGAUUUAUUAGAACUCUUAUUUCACGCAAUGAUGAACAUCUGUUGUCUCAUAUUGUGAAGAAUAACCUGUUGAAACCAAUUGUUGAUGCUUUUGUUAGUAAUGGCAGUCGUUAUAAUCUGCUCAAUUCUGCCGUUCUGGAACUUUUCGAGUAUAUCAGAAAGGAGAACCUGAAGAUAUUGUUGAAGUACUUAGUUGAUUCUUUCUGGGAACAGUUAGCCCAAUUUGAUAAUUUGCCAUCAAUACGUUCGCUGAAGGUUAAAUAUGAACAGGCACUUGAAAGCGCUGGAUUGAGAAGUAACACUAAUGUGUUAGACUCCAGAAAACGAAUUGACGAUCGUGCUCUUGAGAAGGAAGAGAAAGAUUAUUUCAAUGACGAUAGUGAUGAAGAAGAUUCAGCAUCAGCAUCUAUGCCAAGUAGAAAGAGAGAACAAUCCCAACACAAUUUGCCUAAUGGUUCUACUACAACCUAUCCUUCUACAAGGUCUGGUGGGCUAGUUGACUAUGAAGAUGAUGAAGAUUACAAACCACCAUCGAGAAAACCGGCAGAUAAUUCUGGUGAAGAUGAUGAAGUAGAAUCAUUCCGGUUGCAGCGAUCACAUAAAAGCUCAAAGCCAAAUGAAGGUGUAUUUGUUGCCUUGUGCUCAACCCUAAGUCAAGCUGUAUUACCCGGUAAGAAAACAAUCAGCACUGCUGUGACGGUCCCACCUCCUUCUAGGGCAUACCCUAGAAGUUAG